ACGUACGAUUUAUUUCUCCCGUUUAUUGCCAAAAACUAGACAAUUCCCCUUUCGAUCUUCUUCAUUGUUCGCAUCUUCCCCCUUUUGGAGAAACCCUAAAUCGGAAUCGUAGAGAAACACCGACAUCCAACGUCAUGUUGCGAGUAGCCGGGAGGAGAUGCUCUUCUCUCUCUUCAUGGUGGUCGUCUACUCCGGCCUCCUCCGCCAUCAUCUCUCGCAAUCCAAUCAACGGUUGUGGUGUUGAUUCCACCUCCGAUGCCCCCAGAUCCGUUUCCCAUCCGAAUCCCUUAUUUCCCAAUUCCAUAUUUCUCCAUCAUAUCAGAGGUCUUUCUUCUAGUACAAUUGCUCCAACACAUGAUUUAGGGUUUGAAGUCCCUUCAACAGUUGCAGCCAUCAAGAACCCUACAUCCAAGAUCACAUACGAUGAACACAACCAUGAACGCUACCCUCCAGGUGACCCAAGCAAACGUGCAUUUGCAUACUUUGUGCUAACUGGUGGCAGGUUUGUUUAUGCAUCAUUAAUCCGUCUGUUGGUCCUCAAGUUUGUUCUUAGCAUGUCUGCAAGUAAAGACGUUCUUGCCCUUGCUUCCAUUGAAGUAGACCUGUCAAGCAUUGAACCAGGAACCACUGUGACUGUUAAGUGGCGUGGGAAGCCAGUUUUCAUCAGGCGUAGAACAGAUGAUGACAUUAAACUAGCCAACAGUGUUGAUGUGAACUCUCUUAGGGACCCACAGGAGGAUGCGAUUAGGGUUCAGAAUCCAGAGUGGCUUAUUGUUGUUGGGGUGUGUACUCAUUUGGGUUGCAUCCCUUUGCCUAAUGCUGGUGAUUUUGGUGGGUGGUUUUGCCCUUGCCAUGGAUCACAUUAUGAUAUAUCCGGAAGAAUCCGGAAGGGACCUGCUCCUUAUAAUUUGGAGGUGCCUACUUAUAGCUUCUUGGCUGAGGAUAAGUUGCUCAUUGGAUGAAAUGCUGUUUUACUGUUACGGAAAUCGAAGAAAGUUUUUGUUUUUGUUAUAAUUUUUUGUUUUUGUUCAUGUAUUCAGAGUUUUUGAAUGUGCUGCUAUAGAGUUCUAAAUAAGGCAGCAUCAGGUGGGUUUUUUUGUUUAUUUGUUGGGAAUAAUCUAUACUGGGUUUAAAUUGCCUUUUCCAAGUGACAUAUAUAUGUGAUUCUUUAAUUUUGACUCCA